AACUAUAUAAAAAGAAACAAAAAUAUACUUAUAUGCAUGUUUUCAGCCAUGGAAGUAGGAGUAUGGCCUGGGGACUCCAUUUCCCAGCUCCCGGCUGCAGGGGAGCUUGUUUGUUGCCAUGGAGAUCUGGCGGUGAGCCGGCCACCAGAAACAAGAACUACACUACCCUUAAGGCGUUGUGCGCGUGUUCGCGGCGCGCGUUGAACCAAUGAGGCCCUGGAAGGGGCUGGACUUCCGACGUUCAGGACUGUCACUUUGCUACCCGGCGGAGGGCCACACCGGCAGUCGGUGUCGGAGCGCGGGGUAGGGUACAGUGUUACAGUAGGCUCUGAGGACCAGAAGCGACCGCAACGAGGAAAGCACAAGCGGAGGCCCCGCCUCUCUCCUGCUCCUGUACACGCAUCGUUAGCGCAGGAGAGUGGCUCCUCUCCCCCAGCCUCGGUUUCCCGAGUGUACUGUGUGCGGCUCCGUGGGACUGUCGGUGCGCGCCUCGCCCCGCGUGCUCUCCGGGCCCUCAGCGGCAGCCGGGAAACAUCACCUCGAACAUUCUGAACACUUGACAGACGGGGAGACAGGCCCCGAGCUGCCCGGGAGUGGCUGCAGGUCAGGUCGCCUGCUCCUCUCUGCCCGCUUCAGGUAUCCGAUGGCGGCAGCGGCGGCGCUGUCGGACCAGGCGCAGGGCCUGGUGGCCUUUGAGGACGUGGCUGUGUACUUCUCCCAGGAGGAGUGGAGGCUCCUUGACAUGGCCCAAAGAGCCCUGUAUCACCACGUGAUGCUUGAGAACUUCGCCCUCGUGGCCUCACUGGGGCUUGGAGCUUCCCGACCCCGAGUGGUUGUCCAGCUUGAGCGUGGCAAGGAGCCCUGGGUUCCCGAUGGGACGGACACGGCCCCAGUCACAGCAAGGGAAGUCCAGGGGAGGCCUAGCCCUGGUCCGCGGUGUCCAGCAGAUGAUGGGGAUGUUUACGGAAAAGCAGCAUUGCUUGGGGCCUUCCUGGGUAGCCCCCCUCUGACAACGCCUCCCAGAGUCCUUCCCUCUCCUGGUGCCUGUGACCUGGGGAAAAUCCUGGAGGGACAGCAGGGUGCCUUUCCAUCUGGGGAGAGAAAAUCCAUUGGGGUGUCCAUGAUCUAUUGGGAGAGGCUCCUGUCGGGCUCCGGCAGCGGGGAGGAGAGCAUCAGCUUGAGGCUGACUGCACCCCUGAGGGCUGCAGAGGGCAGCCUGCCCAGGGGAAGGGCCCUCACAGACUGCCCAGUGCCGGGAAAGCAGCUGAGGGUGCAGGAGCAGCAGAAGUCACAUAUGAGGGAGGCUCCUGGAAGUGCCCUCCCAUGUGUCCCAGUUCACGCUAGGGGGGAUCUUCCCACAUUCAGGGAGGAAGAAAUGGCAAUUCUGACCAGCAACCCUCAGGCACUUCCCACUGGCCAGGUGGCCCCUGCUAGGGACGAGCUGAGGGAGGCCCUCCACACUGGCGCUUGCCUCCUCCCUGGAGAUAAGCCCUUCGAAUGCAGGGCCUGCAACAAGGUGUUCGUCAAGAGCUCUGACUUGCUCAAGCACCUGCGCACCCACACGGGGGAGCGGCCAUACGAAUGCGCCCAGUGCGGCAAAGCCUUCAGCCAGACGUCGCACCUGACGCAGCACCAGCGCAUCCACAGUGGCGAGACGCCCUACGCGUGCCCGGCCUGCGGCAAGGCCUUUCGGCACAGCUCAUCGCUGGUACGCCACCAGCGAAUCCACACAGCCGAGAAGGCUUUCCGCUGUGGCGAAUGCGGGAAGGCCUUCAGCCACGGCUCCAACCUCAGCCAGCACCGUAAGAUUCACGCGGGCGGCCGGCCCUACGCCUGCGCGCAGUGCGGCCGCCGCUUCUGCCGGAACUCACACCUGAUCCAGCACGAGCGCACGCACACGGGUGAGAAGCCAUACGCCUGUGCGCUCUGCGGCGCUGCCUUCAGUCAGGGCUCCUCACUCUUCAAGCACCAGCGUGUGCACACGGGCGAGAAGCCCUUCUCCUGUGCUCAGUGCGGACGAGCCUUCAGCCACAGCUCCAACCUCACGCAGCACCAGCUGCUGCACACCGGCGAGCGGCCCUUCCGCUGUGGGGACUGCGGCAAGGCCUUCUCUAAGGGCGCCGUGCUCAUCAGCCACCGCCGCAUCCACACUGGCGAGAAGCCUUUCGUGUGCUCGCAGUGCGGCCGCGCCUUCCGCGAGCGCCCGGCCCUCUUCCACCACCAGAGGAUCCACACCGGCGAGAAAGCUGGGCGGCGGCCCAGGGCAAGCACUGGACGGCCCCCUCAACCCAAGCCACUAUCCAUAUUAUCGGAGGGUGCGCAAGGGAAGGAAACCGAUCACACUGCCCCCUCAGGCCCAGCCGCAGGCCCAAAGCCCAUGGAGGCCUGAGAUCGCAACUCCGACCUAACAUGAACGCAGGGAAGGGAACCCCAGGCAAAGGACUACAGAUCCACACAGGGGAGGAGCCCUGUGCCUGCGAGCCAGGGACGCAGGAAAGCUUUCGUGUGCACGUGGAGACAGGAUUUGCUGCUUAGCCAGAGUGCAUCACACCUGCUCCAACCCCAACACUGCACAGAAGUCACCAGAAGGACAGGGCAACCGGGAAUUUGCUGUCAGAGCUGGAAAGGGCAUGUUGGGGCUAGGAUGAGGGCAAGGGUGAAGGGAGGAGGAGACUGGAAAUCAUCCCUGGGCUUUCUGGGUCAAGAUAGCAGACUGGACACAUUCGUCUGUCUUGGCUCAGAAACAACACUAAAACCAGAAAAGAAAAGGCUUAAAACAUAAACCCACAAGUGUGAGGAUGGUGGAAAAGGGGCUAAUAGUAACACCAUUUUGAAGUCAGAAGCAGAUGGGGAUAUUGUCACUAAUUUAGAGAAAGCCAAAUACAGCAUUGGCACUGGAGGAAAUGGAGGGUUGUCUAAGCAGGCUUAUACUGCAGAAUUCCAGCGGCUUGAGAACCAAAGUCCAGCACUUAUGGAAUGAGAAGCCAGGGGACCUACGACAAAGAAGACUGGGAGAGACAUGAGAAGCAAAUAAACAAUAAUUAGAACCCUUGAUCUUUCCCUACGUGGUGUGCAGUGGAAGAUUCAUCUCUGGGGAUUCUACACAGUCUCAGAGAAAAAACGUAAGGAUACUCCCACUGGGGUACUUUCCCUUCCAAAGGGCGUAUGCUGAUAAUGCUACAGAGAAGCUCAAGGUUGACAAGUCCCACCCACACACAGGCACAGAGCUUCCAAUCAGUGGAAUUCAUCAUGGGAUUAUCAGAGGACACCAAAAUGGAAACAAUUUAGGGUUGGCUAAAUAAGUCACAGUUCAGCACUUGAUGUGGAGAAGCAAAACUGACCCUGUCCCACAGUCAGACUUAAACAGUUACAUUGCCUAUUGAGAUGAACUAAAAAUACUGCAUGGUUUAGAGUCAGGAAAGGUGUGCAUCAGGGUUGUAUCCUUUCACCAUAUUUAUUCAGUCUGUAUGCUAAGCAAAUAAAAUGAGAAGUUUGACUAUAUGAAGAAGAAUGGGGCAUCAGAACUGGAGGAAGACUCAUUAACCUGUGAUACGCAGAUGAUACAACCUUGCUUGCGGAAAGCAAGGAGAACUUGAAGCACUUACUGCUGAAGAUCAAAGACUACAACCUUAAGUAUGGAUUACACCUCAACAUAAAACAAAAAUCCUCACAACUAGACCAAUAAACAUCAUGAUAAAUGGGAAAAAAAUUGAAGUUUUCAACAAUUUCAUUUUACUUGGAUCCACAAUCAACGCCCAUGGAAGCAGCAGUCAGGAAAUCAACUGACAUAUUGCACUGGGUAAAUCUGCUCCAAAAGACCUCUUUAAAGAGUUAGACAGCAAAGAUGUCACUUUAAGGACUAAGGUUUGCCUGACCCAAGCCAUGGUGUUUUCAAUCACCUCAUAAUGCAUGCGAAAGCUGGAAAAUGAAUAAGGCCGAAGAAGAAUUGACGCCUUUGAGUUGUGAUGUUGGUGAGGAAUACUAAAUAUACCAGGGACUUCCAAAAGAACAAACAAAUCUGUCUUGGAAGAAGUACAGCCAAAAUGUUCCUAAGAAGGGAGGAUGACAAGACUUCAUCUCACAUACUUCAGACAUGUUAUCAGGAGGAAACAGUCCCUGGGAGAUCAUGCUUGGUAGAGGGUCUGCAAAUAACAGGAAGACCCUCAAUGAGAUGGACUGACACAGCAGCUGCAACAAUGCACUCAAGCAUGACAAUGAACAUGAGGAUGUCCAGGACUGGCUAGAGUUUUGUUCUGUUGUACACAGGGUCACUAAGAGUCAGAACUGACUCAAAGGCACCUAAUGACAAAAAUAACAGGUCACCCUUCUAGUUCUGGUCCCCAAAAUAAAUGAAACGUUGAGCACCUCCCCUAAGUCUAGGCAAAAGCCUGCACUCUACUUCGGAUAGCUGAAGGUAUGAUAAUCAUGGGACAAGUGUGCUACUUUCCUGCCACCAAUGGGCUAAUGCAAUCUCAGUCACUUUGGUAAUUGUGCAAUUUUUGUUUGGUUUCUUUAAAUACCUGCUGCAUUCUGCAGGUUGCCCCUCUUUGCAAGUAAAUUUCUUUUCCAAAUGCUUUUGUCUCUAAGCUUUCCUUCUAAAGAUAUACAGGCUUGUGCUGCCUAUCAUGUCAUGUUUACUGGAAAUACUGAAAUUAGUACGUAAAUGUUUAUUAGAUAUGAAUAUACUAGUUUAAGGGGUAAAAAACAGCACAGAAAAGCAUCCGAGUUUGAAGAGUGGCAAAGUGGGUUGUGAGAUUACUUUUGAACUUUUCUGUUUUCCAAAGUCACUACAAUAAGCCCAUAUUGAUUUUUUACUAUAAUCUUAUAAUAUCAAUUUUAUUAAAAAUGGUCUGAAGAAUCAUGGCACACAGUGAGGGCCUUAUGUAACUGUUGAAGCAGUUUCCUCUUCAGUAAACUGGCGCCUACCGGAGUCCUUGUUACCCCGCACGUCCGCAGGGUGCUCAGUGGAGGUCAAAUGUCAGGGCGGAGAAAGUCUACGGAUCAGGACUGACGACCCGAGCCUAGCCAUUCCCAAGCCCACUUACACGCUCGUCUCAGUCUAACUAGACGUAGCGGCGGAACCGCCACUUCCGGCCUCUCUAGGGGCCGGGGCGACUCUAGCCGUUGCCGUGGAAACAACUAGAGGCUGCAGAAAAAGCACUAGCAGUUACUAAGUGGACCGCUGGGCUGCAAGGAAGAAGCCUCACGGAGAGCUCUAGGGGAAUGGCUGGGGCGAAGCGCCAGUUCUGACUGGUCAGGACAUCAGCCUCCUCGUCCGUCACCUCGCCUGCCAGUAGGAACCGGACCCGUUGUGCACAUGCGCGAUAUGCCAAAGUACUGUCCAACUUGACAGUUUUAAAGCGAGCUGUGCCUACCUGAUGAAGAUGUGAGAAACGCUCGACGAUUGAGAACUCGUUAGAAUUCUGAAAGAGCUGGUUAAAUUGCAUCGAGUUCUGAACAGAGUUUUGUG